AUGAAGAGGAUUGCUAGAAGAGAUUCACCUCCUCAUAAGAGAUAUAGACGUGAUCCUGGAUCAAAUGGCAGAGAUUCAAGUAGCUAUAGAGGCUAUGGAAAUGUUGGCAAUCGGUCAAGACCCAUGCAACCAUCACCAGUUUAUGAAAGACGCAAUCCCCGUCCUGGGAGUUCGUCUUUCUCUCGCUCACCACGUGAGUAUGGUGAUUCCGGCCGUCAAACCGGUUCGGGGAGUUACCAUUCUGGACCCCCAAUUCGUCGAUUUCCUCAUCGUUCGUCCGGAAGCAGGAGGAACUGUUCGCCUUUUAUUUGGCAAGCACUUUUAUUUGAUGGUCGCAAGUCAAAUGAAAUCUCCAACUGUCUGACUUUCUGCUCCUCAAGCGAAAAUUUAGCUAGUGUUCAGACCUUGAUAGUAUUUCAUAAUGGUAAUUUAUCUGAGCAUUUGAAAACAAGAUAA